AUGCAGCUCACCAAACUCAUCGCCCUUGUCUCCGCUCUCGCGGCCACGAGCGUCACCGCUCGUCCCAACCCCUCUACCAUCGCUGAGCGCCAGCUUCCCGGUGACGGUGUCGCUAUUAUCCGCUUCUUCGCCGGUAUGGGCUGCGAAGAGCCAUGGCUCGAGGACACCGUCUUCUACCAGGGUGAUGUGUGCCUGAACAACACGUACACGGCGCCAUAUGGCAGCUUCAAGGUGUACAUCAACACGUUUACCAGGACCACUCGCUUCUACGUGAACACGGAUUGUGGAGGUCCUAACUACGUGGAUGUCCAGCCUGGAGUAGAGCAAUGCUUCUCUGGCAGGGUUGGAUCGUACAAGUCCUUGUAG